AUGUUGGAGAAACCCGCCCGGCUGCCUGUUCGGCAGCUGGUCAUUCUCUUCGUCUUGACCUCCGUCCUUCCCUACCUGCCCGAAAUGAUCGACCACGUCGGGGUCCCCAAAUCCGAAAUCGCCAAAUGGGUCGGCAUCACCAGCGCGGUGACCUCUUUCUCACAGGCCCUAAUGGCCGUCACCUGGGGCACCCUCUCCGACACUCUCGGCCGCAAGCCCAUUAUCCUGGUCGGACUCACCUGCACCAUGGUCUUCUCGCUUCUCUUCGGCUUCUCCUCGUCCCUCUCCAUGCUGGUCGUCUCUCGCGCCCUGCUCGGUCUCAUGAACGGCAACGUGGGCAUCAUCCGCACCAUGGUCGCGGAAAUGGUUCCCCAGAAGGAACUCCAGCCACGCGCGUUUAGUAUCAUGCCGUUGGUGUGGACGAUCGGGAGUAUUUUUGGUCCGGCGUUUGGAGGCGCGUUGGCGAGACCUGCGGAGAAGCAUCCGGGGUUGUUUGGGGGUUCGGAGUUUUUGAGGAACUGGCCGUUUGCGUUGCCGAAUAUUGCUGCCGCGGCAUUUUUUGUUGUCGGGAUUGCGACGGGGUGGUUGUUUUUGCAUGAAACGCUGGCUGCGAAGAAACAUCAACGUGACUAUGGGUUGGUUGUUGGAGAGGCCUUGACUAGCUCGUGUACUUCUUCUCGGAAGAAGAAGUCGGAGUCUCAUGCAUCGGAUGCAGAGCGCCAAUCCCUUCUGCCAUCAACUACUACACAUCCAGCAACAGCAGCAAAGAAAGCCAAACCAACCUGGGCCGAGAUCUUCACGCCGCAAUCCCGACUCGUCCUGCUCGCUUACGCUCUCAUGUCCAUGCACGCCAUGGCAUUUGACUCCGUCCUGCCUGUCUUUCUACACAGCCCGGUGCAGGAAUACGAUGGUAAUCCCGACAUGAAACUACCCUUCAAGUUCACUGGUGGAUUCGGCAUCGACUCCCAAACCAUCGGCAUCUACUACACCCUAAUCGGCAUUCUCGGCAUGUUCAUCCAAUUCCUGAUCUUCCCAUGGGCCGCCCACCGCUUCGGCGUACUCAACUGCCUGAAAGCCGUGGUCAGCGUGUUCCCGGUCAUUUACAUGCUCACGCCAUUCACGGUGCUCCUUCCGGUUCCGUGGCUGCGCAAUGUGGCGAUCUUCCUGCUCAUGUUGGGGAAGUUGGCUGCUUCGAUCUUUGGGUUCCCGUGCACGACGAUCCUGUUGACGAACUCGGCGAGUAGUAUGAGUGUGCUGGGGACAUUGAAUGGGGUUGGUACGAGUGUGAGUGCUGUGGGGAGGGCAUUGGGACCUGCUGUGAUUGGGGGGGCGUAUUCCUGGGGAGUGAAGAGGGGUUGGGGCAUUGUGCCGUGGUGGGUGUGUGGGGUGUUUGGGAUGUUGAGUGCGGUGCCGGUGGGGUGGAUUGGGGAGGAGAAUGUGUUGCAGGGGGAUGAUGCAGAGGGAGUUGAUGGUGAAGAGGGAGAAAGAGAAGAAGAGGGGGAGGAGGGAAGAUAUGGAGCUAUUGGGGGGAGGUAA